UAUCUAUACUGGUGCUCUGUCGGUGUAACGGUUGGAACGGUUGCAAAUAAUUGUUGUCAGCAAUUCCGUUGUUUAACCUCAGAAAUGUCUUUUCGAGGAGAGUAUUAUUUCAAUUAUACUUUUCAACACUAGUCGGCACGAUUAUUCAUUAAUCAUAACCUUCAAAUUUAGUGUACAUUUUGUGGAAGUUAUUUAGCAUAGAAAUUAUGAUUGAUCAGAGUAUAGUUGGUAUUUGCAUGCUGAUUAGUCUCGCUGUGGUUUUUAACUUCUCUAUUCAUCGAAUCGAAGAAGGACACGUGGGAGUUUACUUCAGGGGUGGAGCACUUUUACCCUCAGUCAGUAGUCCUGGAUUUCACAUGAUGAUUCCUCUCCUUACAAGCUUCCGGUCAGUUCAAGUGACACUUCAAACUGAUGAAGUGAAGAAUGUCCCUUGUGGAACGAGCGGUGGAGUAAUGAUUUAUUUUGAUCGAAUAGAAGUCGUGAAUGUCCUUGAUCCUGGUGCAGUUCACAGUAUGGUGAAGAACUUUACGGCUGACUACGAUCGCACCCUCAUAUUCAACAAGGUUCACCAUGAGUUAAAUCAAUUUUGCUCAGUCCACACACUGCACGAGGUUUACAUUGAUCUGUUCGAUCAAAUUGAUGAAAAUCUCAAGACUGCGCUACAGAGAGAUUUGAAUGAAAUUGCGCCUGGCCUGAGUAUACAAGCUGUUAGAGUUACUAAGCCAAAAAUACCAGAAACAAUCAGGAAGAAUUAUGAGCUCAUGGAAGGAGAAAAAACAAAACUUUUAAUUUCUAUUCAGCAUCAGAAAGUGGUAGAGAAAGAUGCUGAGACUGAUCGAAAAAAAGCCAUAAUUGAAGCUGAAAAAGAGUCUCAAGUUGCACAAAUCCAAUAUAAUCAAAAGAUAAUGGAGAAAGAAUCGCUGCAGCGAAUGGCAGCGAUUGAGGAUGAAAUGCAUUUGGCUAGACAAAAAAGUCGCUCUGAUGCUGAUCACUACCAGAUGAAAAAGCAAGCAGAGGCGAAUCGUCUCCUCUUAUCGAAAGAAUUCUUGGAAUUAAAAAAAUACGAAGGUUUGUCAAAGAACUCAAAAAUCUAUUAUGGACAAGACAUACCGAAGAUGUUUGCCAUGGGCGGCUGUUCACUGGAAUCCACCCUCGGUCCAUCCCCAGAGUCAAAGAUACUUGAGGAAGAGUUGGGGCCGAGUUAAUUUAUCCAUUCAACAUAUCAUUUUCUAUUUCUUUGCAAAUCAUCGUGAUAAUCGAUUCAUUUGUCAUAAGUAUUGUGUAAAGUAAUUGAUUAUUACGGCCAUAAAUGAAUAUUAUUUUGUAAUUAAAAAUCAAUUUUAUAUAACUCUUUGAGAAUGGCCAAAUUCUCUGUAAAAAGUUGUGAAAUUUUUCGACUUACUAGGGCUCGAUUAGAAUGUUAUGAAGAAGACAAAAUAAAAUGAGAAAUAAAACCGAAAGUAAUCCAAA